CGGGCACAAAGCAAAGCGCGCCCCUUCCCGGUGAUUUGGGGGCCGCGGGUGCCGGCGGCCAUCCAGAGCCUGGUGGGGUCACCGGAAGGACCCGUGCUGGAACCCGUCCUGAGGCUCUGGGGUUCCGCCAAAGCUUCCAGCAGGUUGACUGAAUAAAGAGCAAGGUUGGAGUGGAAAAGAGAGGAAACUUUUUGUUUGCCAGUUUACAAUGGAAUCUCUCAAGAAGAUGGACAUCAUCAAUGUCACCGCCUUGCCAAUGAUAGCAGUGGACGAGCGCCUGGUGGUCUCUGUCAAUGCACGGAAAGCACUGCAGAAUGCUUUGAGGAAGCAGUUGGAGGACCAUCCACCCACAUGCAUUGUUGGCUCCAUGAGCCAGGUGAACCAGAAGAUUACUGAAAUAGACCUGGGCUCCAGCCUGUUGACCAGCACCUUGGCAAUUGAGGAAUAUGAGUUGGAGAAGAUGUCUUUAAAAGAGAAAACUCACGGCAGCCUGGGAGACAGAGUCAAGCGACCAAAGGAAGAGGCACCGAUAUCGUGCAAAGGCUCAGAGCUCCGGAAUGCCAAGCUGAUCCUGACCAAAUGGAAAACAGCAGAUAAGAAUCUGCUGGCAGAGCUACACAAACACCCACAGUUUGAUGAAACUAAGCCCAACAAGCUUCCCAAUGGCGUGGACUUCUGUGACAUGGUGGGCAAUGUGAUCCGGUCUGAGAAAAACCCUCUGAGUGGCAAGUCUUACUGUUCAGACAGGGAAUUAGAGAAGUUUCUAUCUUCUCCCUGCCUCAGUGCCAUCUGGCUGGACAGCUUUUGGUGGAUAUUUCAUGAACGGUACCAGCCAAACAAGGAGAUCCAGAACAAGCUGUUUGAUCGAAUAGCCCAAAAUUACGCCUUCCUGUUGUUCAAAGAGGUCCGGUCCCACUAUGAAGAGGCACUCAUAAAAAGGCUCCCGUCGCUUCUGAGCAAAGCCCUGUACACCAGCUUCUGCUGCUGCUUCCCCCAGUCUUGGUUCAACACCCACGAAUUCAAGUCGGAAAUUUGCAACACCAUGAACCUGUGGAUCUCAGGGACAUACCCCUGCCCACAGAGCUAUGACAGUUGGGACUACUCAGAGCUGGAUCCAGAGAGAUCCCGGAGAGAAGAAUUAAUGUUGCAGAGCAGUCGACUUUUAAGGGGAAGAGAGUUCACCCUCUUCACUUGUAAGAAAACCUCCCUCCAGAAGGUGGACAAAAAUAAGAAAUUCCAUCCCUUUCAGUCUUCUGGUUUAUAUGCAGUCCACGAGAGAGGCUUUUCAAGGAGGCUGACCCCAGAGGAUAGCUCACGAUGCCACCACACCAUGAAAGAUCAUCCUGUGUCAACCGUGUUCUCCAGGAAAGCCACCCUGCAAGUCAAGAGGAUAUCGGAAGCCAGAGCAUGCCUGAGUUUGUUUCUGAAAAAGUCCCAUCCUGCCUGCAAAUGCCCCAAGCUGACUUCAAACAAAUUUGAUCUUUAUGGGAACAGCCCGCUGAUUGUGUACUUCUUCCUCAACUACUCCAAGCUGCAGCAGCAUGGCCAGGAAGUGCUGAUCAGCAGGAGAGAGAAGACCAAACUCAUCCCUGACUCUGCCAUGACCUAUGCUGACAUCAUCCAUCUGGCCACCAAGAACAUGGAGACUCGAAGGAUGAAGCUCAGGCAGCUGUACCGACUGCAUGAGAGCGAGUGGACCUACUUUAACAGCUACCUAACAGAUCUGCGAGAGAACUUCAGGAGGGAGGUGAAAGUUAUCAAUAAAAAGCAGCAGAAAAAAAGAAAGGCCAACCAUGCCAUCCUCUCACCCUCGCUACUGUUUGAUUAUUGGUUUGACAAGAAGUUCAGAGGAAACCCCCACAGGGAAACGGCGUUUCUCUCGAGGAAGAGAAGGAAGGAGGUAGAAGAGAGACGGAAGUUUCUCCAGUCCUCGUUCUCAUUCCGAAGCCCAGUGGAUAACUAUUCCCUGGUCAUAAAAAGCCCCUACAGAAUGGGGUUUAUUUCCAGUACCAGUGAGCACAUCGCCAGUGUGUCCAAAGUCACAAAGGACAUACUCUUUAGACUCUCGCCGUCUUCCAUGGAAUGAACUCGCCCGAGAACAGGCUCAGACUGCAGAGAACCUCACACUGCAAAGGAACCCUUGCCCCUGCCUGAAGAAGCCUAGGUGGGUCUGUCUCCCACCCUAGAAGGCAGACCAGCUCUCAACCAUCUUCCUGCCCAAUACAAGGAUUGCACCAUAAAGGACACAACGGCGACAGCUGUACUUGGGUUCCAGUGACCUGCCUGAUCCUCAUAUGGUGCCAUGCAGACCACCUCUGCCUCCAGCUUCUCAGCAGGACUCUGCUGCUUAGGACAGUCAUCUUGUCUGUAUUUCUCUAUCCAGUAGAGAGCUGUACUAAGAAGCGUCUGGUGAAUGCUGACACAGUACAUGGUCAAAGGUUUGCCUCUGAUGUCAGUGUGUGAGGUUAGAAGUUAUUCACCUUGGGAAAUGUGAACAGAUGAGAAAGUCCAAAACAUAUGAUGUGGCACUUACAUGUAUAUAUGUCUAUAUAGUAAAACAUUUCCAUAGAAUUCAUUCACUGAUGUAUGUUAAACAUAUGUGAUACACACAAUUAUUUGGGGCUUGCUCCUCUAUUAUCUGUAUUAAGAUAGCUAUUAGCACAUAUUAGAAAUUUAUUUGCAUGUUUUUGGUUUAAAUUAUUUUGUUUGCAGUACUAGUAUGGAACCUAGGGCCUUGCCUGUCUCAGGCAGGGACUUUACCAGUAAACCACUCCUUUGUGUUUCAGGGUCUUGCUAGGUUUCCUGGGCUGCCUUUGAGCUUGUGAGUCCCCUGCCUUUGUCACUGGGCCCAGCUGGCUCUGCGUGGUUUGGGCUCAGUGGAAGGCAUGAUCCUGAAAGAAGUUUAAACUAAAGGAGUGGAAGUA